AUGGCCGGCUUCUUCGACUUCUUCAAGUUUUCCUCCUCCAAGGAGUGCGAGCACUCCUCUGAGAACAACACCAACCUCACCGCCCUUUCCAACCAGCCCAACGAGCAAUCAACUGGCCAAAACCUCCAGCCCGUGAACCUCGGGGCUUCUACCAUGCGAAUGGAGCCACAGCCUGAGCAACAGCAGAUGAAUCUCCGUGGAGGUGGUGCCGGCGAGUGCUGCUGCGGAAUCUGCGCUGGUCUUGCUUGCUUCGAGUGCUGUGAAAUCUGCUGCUAG